AUGGUGGAGAUACAGACAAGGAGGGACAUGACUCUUCUCUCCACCCCACCACCAUGUAUUCCUUCCUCCCUAGAUGGGGACCUGCCACCCACUGCCGUGUGGAUGAGUCACGGCAGUCACCUGCCAGGGGUCAUGCUGGAGCACCCAUGCCUGCCAGCACCCACUGACAAGAUCCUGCCCACCAGCAGUGGCCAAACUGGCAGCUGCCCUCAGUAUGUCAUGCAGGUGUCAGCCAAAGAUGGGCAGCUGCUCUCCUCCAUUGUGCGAACAUUAGCCACACAGAGCAUAUUAAGUGCUGUACAUCAAAAAAAUCCCCAAAACGUGAGGAAGUUCCUUCACAAAACUAUGGAAGCUUUGGGUGUUUUAGCCUAUGGUGUUCCAGAGGUGGAUCUUCAGAAGGCUGGGAAUAUUUUUCUGAUUCUUACCCAAGAUGUAGUUAUUGCCAACUAUUGGCCAUUUAACAUUAGUUGGUUGAGGAACCCAGGGCCCUAGCAUGAGAAAAGCACUCUCUUUGUAGACGUGGUGUUCUUCUUGUUUAUCACUCCACUGGCGACCAUCUCUGGUUGGUUGUGUCUGCGAGAAGCAGUGGACCAUCUGUGCUUUAGCAGUAGGCUUGAAGCAGUUGGCCUCAUUGCACUCACUGUCAUGCUCUUCACUAUUUACCUCUUCUGGACCCUAAUGUCCUUCAGGUAUCACUGUAGGUUAUGCAAGGAAUGGUGUCAGACCAAUCAGCAAGUGAUACUCCUAAUCCCAACGUCUGCCAAUGUCCCCUCCAAACACCAGUCCCUGCUUGGCCUGCAGUCCCUCAAAAGGAACUCGAAGGAGACAAUCAUUUAA